GAAUCCUUGCUGAAGACUUGAAUAGGAAAUGGAAGCGAGCGAUACUAGAUGCAUCGCCAACUACUGCACUGGAACACUGUGAGUGGCUGAACAAGUUGUUGCUAGAAGUUUGGCCAAACUUCAUUCACUCUAAGCUGUCAUCGAAGUUUUCUUACAUAGUUGAGGUUUGUAUGCAUUCCUUUCCCUUCCCCUCCCUUCAUUUAUCUUUCAUUGCCGUUUCUAUGGCAAGUUCACCAUAAUUUUAUCAGAAAAAUUUGACAUCCACAAAGUUAUAUCUUGAUUUUUUUAUUCUCAAUUCUCUACCAAUAGCAUUUCUCUUUGGAGUUAAAAAGUAUAUGAUGCCUUACCAUUUAUUAUGACUAGCCUUAUAUGCAAACUAUGCGUGCAAAGUCGAAAAAUGAGUGGUAAGUGGUAACUGCUUUUGCAGUUUGUUAGAUCAGUUUUCCCCCUUUUUUUAUUUUCAAACUAAUAGAGUGGUGGGUGUUGUAGUUUUAUUUUCUAGUUAGUGGUAUAUUGGUAAAAAAGGGUGGACACCAAAGUCCUCAAGAGUUCCCAUAUAUAAUAGAGAUAUAGUUGGCUUACCAUAUAUCUUGGUUUUUCAUAUUUUUCCGUUUUUGGAUUACGAAUUCCUAACAGAUUGUAGCAGAUUAAAAGGAAUAUUUUUUUUUUGGAAGAUAUAUAUAAUGUGUCUUUACAUAGUAGAUAGAUAUCAUUUGGGAAUUUGCUUCUUAUGAAAUUGCAACAUGGUAUUGUAACAAUUCAAAUAUUUUGCCGCAGCUUGGGAUCAUUAAUCUUUUCUAUUAUCCAAUGGAAAUGUUUGAGAAGGGUUAUACAAUCGCCCUGUUUUCAGCAUCCUUUGUACAUCAAAUGAUCAAAGUACUCAUCAUAAAUACUAACUUAAUUUUCUUUUUUGAAUUUCGGGAUACAUGAUAUUUUGUUCUUGCAUGAUUAUUUACUGUGCUAUUUAUCCCAGUCAUUUUAGAGACAGAAAAUAUGUUGUGCUGUAUUUUGUUAUAAAUUAGUUCCUUGGAAUGUAUAAUUAUUGUUUAAAUCCCCCCAUCUCACCCAGGGGGAGCCAUUUUAGAGGUCUUUCAUAUUAUGAUGUAUAAAGCAGGUGUUAAAAGUUAGUACAGGUUAGCCACCAUAGGUAAACUUACUGUUUUGCUGCUGCCAUGUGAACUCUGGAGGCAAAAUUUCGGAGGCACAGAUAUGCUUUUGGUAAGACUUGGCCUUGAUUUGUAAAAAUAGGCUGUGUGUGAGGCUUUGGAUAAUGGUAUGAAUUUUGCUUUGGAAUCUUGGUACUUUUGAUUUGAAUCAGGACUUUGUUGUAAACAGCAUGAUAAAUCUACUUAAAUGAUUCUUCCACCAGUAACAUUUAGUAAUACAACUAUAUUUGAAUAUGCCUGCAGAGACGCUUGAAGUACCGGAAACCGAGGCUUGUGUUUUCAAUCUAGGAAAGGUUUGAACUCGAAGAGUUUUCACUUGGCUCUUGUCCUCCUAGCUUGGGUCUUCAAGGGAUGCGCUGGUCAACUGUUGGAGAUCAGAGGAUACUGCAUACAAGUUUCAUCUGGGAGACUGAAGAGAUGAGCAUUAUGCUGCUUGCUAAACUAGCCAAGCCAUUAUAUGGGACUGCUCGUAUUGCCAUAAACUAUCUCCUCAUCAAGGGUGAUCUGCAAUUGAUGCCUGUGCUGGAUGGAAGAGCAGUUCUAUACUCCUUUGUAUCUGUUCCGGAGGUGCGGCUAGGUGUUGCCCUGGGAAGUGGUGGAAGUCAACUCCCAGGAAUGGAGCUGUCUGUUGUUUCUUCAUGGCUGGUCAAACUCUUGACUGACACCCUAGUUAAAACGAUGGUUGAACCUCGUCGUCGUUGUCUCGCUCUAUCAGCUGUACAGCUAGGGAAAAGGGCAGUAGGUGGAAUACUUUAUGUAACAGUAGUUGGUGCAAGUCAUAUUUCUAAAUCUCUAGUUAGAGGAAGCCCUACCAGGAGACAAGAUGAUUCGAAUCAUGCCUCAGAAGAGAAUCUUGUCAAGGAUGUGAAGACGUUUGUGGAAGUAGAGGUUGAAGAAAUUAUCAGGAGAACAGAUGCAAAGCCAGGCUCUAGUCCACAAUGGGAUUCCACAUUUAAUAUGGUUUUACAUGAUGAUGUGGGAGUCCUGCGAAUCCGUCUUUAUGAAUCUUCUCCUGGCAGUGUGAAGUUCGACCAACUAGCAACUUGUGAAAUUAAGAUUAGAUAUUGCGAUGAUGAUUCCACGAUAUUUUGGGCGCUAGGUCCUGAUUCAGGAGUCAUAGUCAAACGUGCUGAGUGUUGCGGAAAAGAAAUCAAAAUGAGUAUUCCAUUUGAGGAAUUGGAUUCGGGGGAGUUAAUAGUGAGACUUGUUCUAAAAGAAUGGCAAUUCUUGGAUGGUUCACAUACCUUUCGUUUAAAUCAUGGUGCUCAUCCAUCAUUACAUGGAUUGUCAAAUUCAAAAACUGGAAGAAAACUUUAUGUCAAUGUAAAAGAAGCCAAAGAUUUUCCUGUAAAGGAGAAAUCUGGAAAAUCUGAGCCUUAUGUUAAGUUGCAGUAUGGGAAGAUUGUCCAGAGAACAAGGGCUGUGCCACAGACCUCAAAUCCUAUCUGGAACCAGACAUUCGAAUUUGAUGAGAUUGCAGGGGGUGAAUAUCUCAAGUUAAAAUGUUUAUAUGAAGAAACAUUUGGAGAUGAUGUCAUUGGUAGUGCAACUGUGAACUUGGAAGGACUCGAGGAGGGUUCAGUUAGAGAUACGCCUGUACCCCUUGAAAAAACAAAUUCUGGGGAAGUGAGGCUGCAGAUCAAAGCUGUGAGUGAGGUCUCGAAUGGUGGGCCAGGUAAUGGAUGGAUUGAGCUUGUUCUCAUCGAGGCGAAGGAUCUUGUCGGUGCUGACUUCAGGGGAACAAGUGACCCAUAUGUUAAAGUCCAGUAUGGAAAUGAGACGAGGAGAACAAAGGUUGUAUACAGGACUCUGGAUCCUAUAUGGAACCAAACGUUUGAAUUUUCUGAUGAUGGAAGUCAAUUGGAAUUGCACGUGAGAGACCACAAUGCUAUAUUGUCCUCAUCGAGCAUUGGCAACUGCGUAGUAGAAUAUCAGAGAUUGCCUCCUAAUGAAUUAUUUGAUAAGUGGAUACCUCUGCAAGGAGUUAAAAAGGGUGAGAUACAUGUUCAAGUAAUAAGAAGGAUACCAGAUCUGCAGACGAAACCCAGUGUAGAUUCUGAUUUAUUGUCAAACAGAGCUCAUGCUACUUCCGACCAGAUGAAGCAAUUGUUCGUCAAGCUUCAGUCUUCAGUUGAGGCGAACAACACUGAAGAACUGUCGAGUACUUUGAGUGAACUUCAAAGCUUGGAAGACUCGCAGGAACAAUAUAUGCUUCAGCUUGAGACUGAAAGAACACUUCUACUCAACAAGAUUAGCGACUUAGGCCAGGAACUGCUCAAUUCAUCUCCGAACAUCAGCAGGAGAAUUUCCUAUUAGCUAUUGCUACCUAAUAAGCAGUGAUAGCAAACUGCUGUUAAUUGAACGAAAUUGAAGUAUUGCAAUGAAUACGGUAUAGGAGGAAGAAAAAGAAAUGUAUAACGUUAAGUGCUACUAGUGUAAUUAUUAGCUUUAGCUUUUACGUGAAUAAGACCGAUAUUGUAUGUAAUUGUCUCAGAUGGAAAAAAAAAAAGAGUGGCUUUUUUUAGAAUA